AUGCCGACUGUUAACGUUGAUAAAGAAGAACUUUAUAAAAUUCUCGGAAAGAAUUAUACUACGGAUGAAUUUCGUGAAUUAUGCUUCGAAUUUGGGAUUGAACUCGAAGAAGAUACUUCCGAAAAAGAAAUGGCGAGUAAAGAAGUUGGUGAAGUUAAGGCCGAAGGAUUAUCUGACCGACCAAUUCUGAAAAUUGAUAUUCCUGCUAAUAGAAAACGUACAUUAGUAGCUAUUGGUACACAUGAUAUGGAUACAUUAAAAGGUCCUUUUACUUAUGAAGCUCUUCCUCCCAAGGAAAUUAACUUUUGCCCUUUGAAUCAGACCAAAAAAUUCAAUGCGGAGGAAUUGAUGACUUUUUAUGAGAAUGAUAAACAUUUGGGAAAAUUUUUACACAUCAUUCGUGAUUCGCCAGUGUAUCCCGUUAUUUAUGAUUCAAAUCGAGUUGUCUGUUCUAUGCCUCCAAUUAUCAACGGAGAUCAUUCGAAAAUUACGUUAAACACAAAAAAUGUGUUCAUAGAAUGCACUGCAACUGAUUUAACCAAGGCAAAAAUAGUUUUGAACACAGUAGUUACAAUGUUUUCUGAAUAUUGUGAGCAACCUUUUAC